AUUUAGGUGGAAGAGAUACGAUUUCUUCUACUCUCCCUUAUCUUUUAAAAUAAAAUAAAAUAAAUUCUUUGGGUUUCAUGGCUUGUAUAAGCUGCUGUCAUUCAAGAAUGAGUCUCCCUUUACUUCAAACUCAUACACCCAUUUCCAAUUUCACUUGUUUAACUGUUUUCCCCUUUCAAUCACUUGCAAUAUCUUUACCAAAAUAUAAGGUCAAGUCUGUUCAUAUUCCAUCAUGUUCAGUUUCUUCCAUUUCAUCUACUAAUUUGGAAGAAGAAGAAGAAGAAGAUGAUGAUCCCACUGCUGAACUAGUCUAUCUUGACCCUGAAAUUGAUCCUGAGAGCAUAUCUGAGUGGGAAUUGGAUUUUUGCUCAAGACCAAUUCUUGAUAUUAGAGGGAAAAAGUUAUGGGAGCUUCUUGUUUGUGAUGAUUCCCUCUCUCUUCAGUAUACCAAAUAUUUUCCUAAUAAUCUUAUCAAUAGUAUCACUUUGAAAGAUGCUUUACUAUCCAUAUCUAAUGACUUAGGCCUCCCAUUACCCGAUAAAAUCCGAUUCUUCAGGUCACAAAUGCAAACAAUUAUUACAAGAGCUUGCAAUGAACUUGCCAUCAAAUCUGUUCCUAGCAAACGGUGCUUAUCACUUGUCCUUUGGCUUGAAGACCGCUAUGAAACUGUUUAUACUCGCCAUCCUGGUUUUCAAAAAGGAGCCAAGCCACUUCUUGCACUUGACAAUCCUUUUCCAAUGGAACUUCCUGAGAAUCUGUAUGGAGAAAAGUGGGCUUUUGUCCAGUUGCCCGUUUCAGCUGUUCGUGAGGAAGUAUCUAACCUGGAGACUAGGUUGGUUUUUGGCUCAAGUUUAGACUUGGAUCUUCUGGGGAUCGAAAUUGAGGACAACACAUUGAUUCCUGGACUAGCAGUUGCAUCCUCACGUGCAAAACCAUUAGCAGCUUGGAUGAAUGGCUUGGAAGUCUGUUCGAUUGAAGCUGAUGUGGACAAGGCUUCGUUAAUUUUGUCGGUGGGUAUCUCUACCCGCUACAUUUAUGCGACUUACAAGAAAAAUCCUGUAUCCACAAGCGAAGCUGAAGCUUGGGAAGCAGCAAAGAAAGCCUGUGGAGGUUUGCACUUCCUUGCUAUUCAAAAUGACCUGAAUUCGGAUGAUUGUGUUGGAUUCUGGCUUCUGUUAGACCUGCCACCUCCUCCUGUAUAACUUGAUAAAUAGAAUACAAGGUUUUCCUUUGUACAUUCUCUUUUAUUUGCUCAUUUACAGAAUGUAGAGAGGCAUCAUAGCAAUUAGAUUGUAAUU